UGGCUGAUAGAGGAGGAUAGAGAGAGAGAGAGAGAGAGAGAGAGAGAGGGAGACUGGCUGAUAGAGGAGGAGAGGCAUCACUCGGUGGUUUGUUGGCUGCAGACUGGUUGGAUCUCUUCGCCUCCUCGGUCGCUUCAGACUCAUCAGGUCCAGAAGAGAGUCACUGAGGACGCUCAAACAGAGGACGGUGGAACGUGAGAAGGAUCCAGACACCCAGAGAUCCCUGCAGGCUCGGUGGCUACAUGCUCAGCUCUCUUUGGUUUUGAGAAGAACAACGACACCAAAUCAGCAGGAACCAUGGAUUUUGUAAUGAAGCAAGCUUUAGGUGGGGCCACCAAAGACAUGGGUAAGAUGCUGGGUGGGGAGGAGGAGAAGGACCCGGAUGCAGCCAAGAAGGAGGAGGAGCGGCAGGAGGCGCUGAGGCAGCAGGAGGACGAGAGGAAGGCCAAACACACCCGCAUGGAGGCCGAGAGGGAAAAAGUACGGCAGACCAUCAGGGACAAGUACGGGCUGAAGAAGAAGGAGGAGAAGGAGGCGGAGGAGAAAGCGGCCAUGGAGCAGGCCUGCGAGGGGUCGCUGACGCGCCCGAAGAAGGCGAUCCCGCGGGGCUGCGGAGACGACGACGAAGAGGACGAGGAGAGCAUCCUCGACACCGUCCUGAAGUUUCUGCCCGGACCUCUACAGGACAUGUUCAAGAAGUAAAAACAAAAACAACAACAACAAAUCAAAGGAACCCUAAGUUCAGGGUCCAGUCUGGCCCGGGUCAGGCUGCGGGGCAAAGGGAGGCGGGGGGUCUUUCUGUCGGGUUGAGUGACCUUUAGGAGAGACUGGAGGGGGGUUGGUUUGGGUAUUUGUAAGCAGGUAGGGUUUGAGUGUAGAUGUAGAAGUGGAAGCGGAUUCGGGAGGGGGGGUUCUUGCCAAACUGUUAGAGGCUACACACUGCCUUUCUAGAAGUCCUUUACGUUGUUCUUUUCUACUCCUCGACGACUGCGUCAUUCUUCCCCCUUUUUAUUUGCCACAACUGCCGUACAACUUUUCAACUGCCACACAGCACAUUUCUUACAAUUAGUAAUGUCUAUUGUCCUUUUUCUUGUUGCUAUUUUUACACCUAUCGAUCGAUCGGUUGGCCGUUAUCUGUCGUCGGGGCGAUGGUGAACCAAUGGAGACCAGUAUUCCCUUAAAGAAGGACAGGGGACCGCUCUGUCCUCAUGCUUUUGUGUUUUUUUCCAAAUGGCACUGCAACCAUGUUUUCCAAUAGAUGGAGCAUGUUGUGUUUAUUUCAGUGAGUGUUUUCUACUUUUAUGAACCUCGUGUAGGUCUUUAUAUUGAAGAAAAAAAAAAAAAAUCUAACAUUUGAGUUUUUAGGACAUGUGCCUUCAUACCAUCUCCUCUAGCAGAGGAAUUGUAAAUGAGGGUUUCAUUAGGAGUCAAACAGGUGUACAGUUGUUGGAAGCAUGUGGGCCGGGCAGGUCGGACACUUUUGGAAUAAUGUAUUUGAUAUAAAGUUGGCAUAUUCUGUGGUUUCCAGAAGAUAUUGUUCAAACUACUUCUGGAAAUCCCAGACCAGGUUUUGAAGGUCCACAAAACGAUUUAAAAACAUAAUUAACCUACAAGGCUACGAGCUUCCGGAGAACUGUUUGCUGGAGAAAACAUUUUAUUUCCCUCCUCCUACUUCCACCUCUAGUUUUACAUAAAAUAGAUUUUAUAAGCCUGUCAGCUAGUUAGACUGCCUUCAUGCUAAAAAAAAGUAAAAUUUAAGAUCUUGAACGUGUCAAGGACUCAUGUCAAUAUGUGGAUUUAGGAAUAGAUUUUAUUUAGCUCAAGGUUUCAUCCAUGCAAGCAAACAAGACUCUUUUUUUACCUUGUUUGAAUCCCAUCUUUAAAGAUAAAUCACUGCUGUUUCGUCCACAAAUUACAGAUUUACAGAUUUUUUUUUAGGUCCCCAUAGACAAUCAAAGCAUUGACCACUGGGGAACAGUGGGGGGGUAGCCGGUACUGUACAUGUUGUCAUUUCCUGUCACUCCAUCUAUGAUCGGUUAAAAGUGGGUUGAUUAACUGAAGUGUCUCUUAAUUUAAACUAUUUAUUUUCUUCUUCACACAUGAAUGCAAAUGCCAGGCAACGUCUGGGUGUUUUUUUUUUAACUUACUUUGACUCUUAUUUUUUGUGAAUGUGCUGCCAAUUUGUUUUAAUGCAACUGAACUUGUGACUUAAUUCACAUUUCAGCUGGGCUGACCUUUCCCCCCCUCAUCUUUUAAUUUACCUUGAUCGAAGUUCAUCAACAUCGAGACCAAAGAAAUACUGGUGAGACCUUUACUAUUUCUUUUGUCACCGCCGGAAACAAAGACGUGCAUGCCGGCCGAACCGAACUGAACCUGGCUUUUUUAUUGUACGUGCGAGACCUGCAGGAGAAACACAGCAGCCUGUUCAGCGUGUGCAUGCAUCCCAAAGAACAUCACUAAAACUAAAAUCCUAUUUUCCUUCAAAAGUAUUCCGUGGCUGAAUAAAAGCAGAUGAUUUAACUGUAGACUGAGAAAACCAGUCUGUGAGUUCGUCGCGUCUCACUGCCUGAAGAGCUCCCUUAGAGUUGAGUAUACUCUGCAUCCUGCAUCUCUUAAUCCAACAGAAAUAUCAUAGUGAUUUGUCAUAAUAGCAUUUAAAGUAGACGUACUGUAAAUGGAAACGAUCUCUAUUUAGUGAAACUACCUAAAUAUGUAGACAUUAAGCAUGUGGGUUGAUCUGCGACGGUGUACGGUUAACACAUUGUUCCAUGUAAUUUAAAAUAACUUUAAGGAUUAAUGAUGAAGUUGUCAUAAGCACUAUAAAGACAUUUUCUUUUCUUUUUUUUAUUUUCUAGCUCAGAUAGGACUUUUCACUAGACAAAGCCAUAUUGUUUAGAUCGCAAUAAUUACUUAAAAAGAGAAUAUUUCAUUAAAAGUGUCUCAUGUUUGUUUUCUGUAAACGAAAAAAUAGAAAAAAAAAUAUUUGCAUAUCUGUUUGUAAAUCUUCACCGUUCUUGUAUCUUUAAAAAAUGUAUACUAAUGUAUACGCAAAGAAAAAAUGUAUGUAGAAAAAAUGAAGCCAUUGUUUUAACUGUCUCAGUGUACUACAUGUGUACUGUAAGUGUGCGUGUGUGCGUGUGUGUGUGUUUGUAUGUGUGUGUCUUUCUACGUUGUCUGUGAUGUGAGACCACGGCGUUGAUUCAUAUAGUCCUGGUUUAUACUACGUAAAUGUGUCUUUGAACUAUUUUGUGCACACAGGCUGAAGCUAGGGCGGCUCCCUAGUCGUGCCACGUCUUAAAAAAGAAAUUAUACUUAACACAUUCCUUUCAAAUGUUGAGCAUGCAAAAUGUUUGGUAGAGAAGAGAAUACACCAAAUGUCAAAA